AGUGGCCUGAUGAAUGAGGACAUCCGUAUCCACACGUGGCCCUGUUCUUACUAUGUCAGCUCUGAGAAACGAUGGAUUUCUGGCAAACUCUCUCUGACACCCGUUUCAGUCAGAUUUACAGCUGACAAAUCCGGAGAGCUCCUGGUCAGCUUCCACCUUUCCAGCAUCAGUGAAAUCAAGAAGGAAUCUUCCAACUUCAUCUUCAGUUCCCUCACGAUUUUGGAGAAGGAUGCCAAGCAUUGGUUCAGUUCCCUUCAGCCCAACCGAAAUGUUGUCUUCAAUGUCCUCGAACACUUUUGGAGGGAGCAGCUCCUCUCCUCUGAGGGGUCAGGAGCUCCGGCUCCCCCUUCCCAGACAUCCAAAGGGAAGGAGAUCACCGGCUUGCUGACAGGAUCUCAGAAACGCCUGGAGGACACUGCGAAAGUGCUGGAGCACCAAGGCGAGCAGUUUGAUAACAUGAUGAAGGGACUGAACAAGAUUGAAUCAGAGAUGGAUGUAGCAGACAGGUUAUUGUCGGAACUUGAAUCGCCACCUUGGUGGCCUUUUGGUGGCAAACUAUUGAAGGGCCCAUUAGACACAAAGCCAAAAGAAACACACUUGGUCACGGAUUCCAGAAACAAGGAUGGUGUAAUAUUGCGCAUCCCAGUUAUUAUCACAGAAAGGACCGAUUCUAAUGUCAAACCUGGCAAACUCACCUUCCUAGCUUCUGGCCUGGAGAUCAGCGACUCCAAUUCUCAGCUCCUUCACCGGUUUGACAAGAAGGACGUUGAUGACGUCAAAAUUCACACGCCGUACGAAAUCAGCAUCCGCCAGAGGUUCAUCGGGAAGCCAGACAUCAGCUAUCGGCUGCUGUCAGCGAAGAUGCCGGAAGCCAUCCCUGUCUUAGAGGUGCAGUUCAGCAAGAAAAUACAGUUCCUGGAGGAUGCUCUGGGGCUCGUUGGAGCACGGAAGACGCCUCAGGAGGAGGCCGGCUGUUCCAUGUGGCAAGCAGCAACAGGUCUCAUAGGAAGUGUGAUGCAAGCCGGAUCGAUGCCAUCGUCCUCUCGGGGAGCAGGCGGAGGGAGCCAGCAGGCUCAGCUGCAGAAGCAAGAAGAGGUUGUUUCUGAAUCUGAGGCUCAAGAGCUGAGACGGAUCCUGCGGAAACUCAAGAGCCUGGCCCUGGAAACGGAGACAGAACUGGAAAGGCAGGAUGAAGCCCUUGAUGUCAUUACCUCUUCCGUCGAUCGAGCCACUAUGAACAUCGAUAAGCAGAACCGUAGAAUGAAGAAACUAACGUAA